AAAAUGUUAUAUUUAUCCCGUAUAUGUAAAUAGAUAUAUUGCUAUUAUUUCAUACUAAUAUUUUUCAAUAACGAUACUUCCUUUUCCAAUCUAAAAUUACAUUUUAUGUUAAAGUGAGAUUUAUAAAGGGAACGUGGAUUAUUUAAAUCUUAAAGAUGUCGAUUUAUUUUAAAAGUGUUGUCUUUGUUAUCGUUUUCACUAAUUUUAAAGUAACUGGUGUGGAUUUUACUAUUAGCAGGGAGAGAGUUUUACUAGGCAGCACAGGAACAUUAACUAUGACAUGCGAUGUCUCUGAAACAGAUGUUGAUACUGUCUACCUCAUACAGAUAAGACGAACUAAAUCAACAACAAGUUCUGGAUCAGAUCCUAAUGAUUGGCAAACAUUAGCAUUAAUGCAGCUAAAAGACAAUGAAAGUCCUACAUUAGCACCAGAAAUAACAGCAAUAGCUGAUACUAAAGAUUAUGUUGCUGGAGGAUUAUGGGAUUCUGACACACCUGCUAACACGUUUCUUACAUUGUCUUUGAACAUGGAGAAGCUAGUCUGUGAUGAAGCUAGGACUUAUAAAUGUUUUUUCUCAUAUAAAAGCACCACAUCUGGAACUAUUGCUAGUGUUGAAAGGAAUGCCACUUUCUCAGCAUAUGGAAAUGAGAAAGAGGAAAUUUAA